AUGGUUUAUCGGAACAGUGGAAAACGAGAAAUGGCUGCUAGACCAGUAACAAGUCACCGAAAGGCGAAAAGCAUGUCGUUACCAAUACAAUUGAGACCACAAUCUGCUGCAGGGAUUUUGACAGCACUCGAAUUGACAUCUCGCGACAUUUUGGCUGGAACAAAUGGGGAACAAGUUGGAGCAACAAGUAACGAAUUGAUUCGUAAUCUCGAGCAAAAGGUGCGAAAAAUUGUCGAGUUAAAGCGAGUUAAAAGCGAUAAAUUGCGUUUUGAAGUAUUGAAGAAACGUGAGGAAGUUGAAAAGGCAAAGCUAGUGCUGCAGGAUUUAAUUAAAGAUAGUAAAGCGCUUGGUUUACACUACACUCCUAGCAAUAAUGGAAGUGAAGACGGAACUGGUGAGAUGGCACUCAAUGACAGAAUUGUUGAAGAAGCUAAUCGUUUACAGCCGAUUACUGCUAUUUCACGACGACCAUUUUACUCUAAACAUACAAAGAUCAAUGAACUGGAAGCGAAAUUACAGAAACAGGCACAAGCUUCUCAUGAAAUUCUGCGCAGUACGAUGGUCCUUGAGCACAUUAAAAAGCGUCUCCUGAUUGAACGCAAUCAAGUGACACAAGAUACGAAUGAAUUAAAGACACGAUAUACAGCUUUGAACCAUCAGACCUUGGAGCUACAGAAAAAAGAACUAAGUGCGAGCGAAGCUGUAAGUCAGAUACAGACGAGACUAGCACAACAAAAGGCUAAAAUGGCUGCGAACAUGCGCAAGCAUAAGCGUGAAGUUGAUUUGCGACACAAGUGGUCACGUGAAAAGGCGAAGUUUGAAAAGUAUUACAACAAUCAAAUGCAAGCACUACUUGACACCGAAGCUACAACAACGAACUCAGACGAAGCAGUUGAGAUUGCAGGUGCGAUUACCGAGCCGUUAUAUGAUCAUCCAAGCUAUACAUCCAACUCGGUGCAGAAAAUACGCAGAGAUAGCGCGAGUACAAUUGAUACGCCCGAAGAGAUGGAAUCAGAGGAGAUGUAUCGCAAGGUAUUUCUACGGAUGGGAUUUGGUCACGAUAGCGCAGGUGUUGACCCGAACGAAGUUAUCCAAAUGUGGCAUUCCCAAGAGGAAAUUAUCAAAGAACUUGAUGCUAAACAUGAUGAAGAUAUGGGGCGAAUCGCAGUUCUGCGAGACCAACUUGUAAGGUCAAAAAAUGCUGCCCUCGAGAUAGCUCCAUUGUCCAAACGGGAUAAUACACAGCGACUUGAGACUAAAGAAAUCGAGAUUUCUAGUGCGAGACGUGCUCUGGCUACUGUUGUGGAUCAAUAUAUGUUUGUGGAUCGAAGUGUGCGUCCACUAAAGAUUGGAUUACAACAAAUCUUGCAAAAUGUUACAAACAUAACUGUAAAUAUCGAUGAUAUGAAAGGCAUCGAACAUGCGCUUUUUAAAUCGAUUGAAGAAAUGAUGAAACUUGCGCGUCAGGCACGAUAUGAUUCUACCAGCCUGUCGAGCACUUUCGCUACCGAAGAUGCCCAUUUUGAAACUUCUAUAUUCGCAAAAGAGGAAAACGCAACGGAAACAGUAGAGAAAACUGCAAAAGUGAGUGAGAUAGCCGCUAACUUUGCUACUUUACCGUUCAACAUUCGAAUUCCGCCGAUGUCGAAGGAAGCGAGCUUUAUUCUUGAUGUAAAUGAAACACGAAAGGAUCCUGUUUCUUCUAAAGAAGUGGAAGAGGCGGACAGCGACGUCAUGGACCGAUCAGCUUUAAAACGCAUUUCAUCCGUAUUAGUUUGCUCAAGCACAGAAAAAAACAGUUUGAGAGCUGAGAAGCAUGCAAAAUAA